ACAUAAUAUAUGGCGUGGUAAUUCCAUUUCCAAAUCCCUCUAUAGUGGGUGAAUGGAAAGAAGUCGGAAAAACCAUAGUAGCUGCUAUGCAUAUUGUUUUAGUUCGACCCACAAAAAUUCUUAUCAUUGAUAAAGCUGGAAAAAAUCCUGAUGCAGUAUAUCCUGACGGGAGUUACGCAUUCACCUCAGAAUAUGAUUUAACUACAGGCAAAAGUC